AUGUUUCAAAAUCUUCAUUCUCUCAAGGAAUGCACUCAUGGCGCUUUACUCACAGGCAUUGCACGCGCUGUAGAGCUAUUACCUUGGCUGCGCGCUUUCUCACUCAGUCAAAAGCUAGGUGGGCCUGUGGUACCAGCAGUCUAUCCUUUGCCCUGGAAAAAGCUCGCCCAUUACCUAGUCGGCAAUCCUUUGACCUCACACAGACUCUCUACCUCAUUUAGAACCGCAACAGCCGAAACUUCAUUAGCAAACCUUGAUGAGGAUCUUAAAUCUUCAUUUAUUGUCGGCCAUAUUAGUUCUACCAAUCACUUUGGAUCCUCAGGAUCGCCCAUCCGUGGUGGAGAUUCAGUAACGUUUGCUAGCAGUGUCGAUGAUUAUGAUAAAGAUUCUGAUUUCAACCCAAGUAAUGCGGAUAGUAGUGCUAAUUUGGAUGAUAUGGAGGAAAAUGACUCUGAGACAGAUGCCUCCAUGCUUAGUGAUCAUUCUGAAUUCGAGGAGACAGCCUUAAGAUGCCGGCGUUCAAGCACAACUUCUGGAUUUCUUGGAACUCGCGGCUCUCGUGGUCGAGGUCACAAAAGUGCCAGGUUUAGAGCUGAUUUGGGAGAUGAACGAAUUGUUCGCAGAUCAACCAGGACACGCCGUCGAACCUCUAGGUUGGCAGAUGAUACGACGAAAUUGGUUAGUAUAUACAAGUCUUCUUGCUUCGCCUUUCGUCUCACUCACUUUUUUAUAAUUAAACUUCUAACUCUUCUUACAUUUUUAUUCUUCGUUUUUAUUGGCCAUUUAUGUUUAUAUUUUGAUUGA